AUGAUUGCUGGAUUCCUGACCACUGUCGCCGCCGGGUUAGCCGCAUACCCCUUAGCUUCGGCGGUGCUCACCAAAACUAGAGAUGGCAAUCCGGGCGCGCUUUUAUCGCCCUUCCACUAUUACCUGAUGCUGGACCUGAUUGAAAAUGCCGGGUAUUUCACCGUCUGGCGGUGGCUCAAGUUUCGAUUCAGCAAGAGUCAGAAGCAAACCAAACCUCCCCCACAGUUGAUCAAUCUGGGGAGAACAGCCUGCCUGACCUUGAUUUUCGGAGCUCUGAUCUUCAUAGGAGAGACCUGGUUACACUUCAAAACGGAUCCCACCGAAUUUACCCAAUUUGGCCCCCUUCGCAGCGAUACGGCCACAUAUUCUAUGUCUCUAAACUCCAACUGCACCACCCAGGACAAUACCUUCAAUCAGCAGUGGAAUCGUCCCUGUUCCUUCUCCCCCAGUAUCAGAGGCGGCUACUUCCUGAACCCCAGCACUACACUCGAGGUCUUCAACAACAUCUCCACGACCAGAAGCGUGAAUGUAGUCUACGGUACCGACGCUACCCACGCCUUCCUCGGGAUCCCUAACAACGGUAGAGAUCAAGGACACGACUUCACCGCCACCACUUUCUCAGUCUCUACACAAUGUCAGUCUGCAACGGCAGACUGCAAUGUCAGCCGUGACAACAUCACUUCGGGAGCUGGCUCCUGGUUCCACUGCGCCAAGCAUACUGCUUGGUGGGGGUUAGUGAACGGUCCCCGUCUGGACUUCUCCAAGCAUUAUUUCACGGACGCCACCGGCACCCAGAACGCCACAUCGGUGGAUGACACAAUCAGCAACCCGUUCUACAUCGGGUUCGGAGGCUUUACGGACCCAUCCGCCGGUGCUGGCCUCAAGCUUAUCCAGUAUAACGACUUGGGGGUCAUCGCGCAGGAGUUCGGCGGCGUCGGCUACCUUUUCUUCUGCAAUACCACCGUGUACGAUGUCACAUAUACUGCCGUGAACGGCUCUAUUACGGACUUCAUGACGACUCCCAGCAACAGCUCCACGAGCACAGCUCUCGUGGCGGCAGAUUCCAACCUCAACUCCGGGGAUAUCAAGCUCCGCGAUGCCGCAGAUUUGGGUGCCAUCCUGGCCAACGAUACACAGGACAUGGCCGACAUAUUCGCGCUCGAGUAUAGUCGGAUCCUGCUGUCGACUGUUUCCGGGGCGCUUCAGGCCUCCCCGAUUCUUGGAGGUCGGCAGCGGACCACGAAAAUCGUUGCGCGGGUCCCCACCGUGCCGCUCUACUUUCUCUUGGCCUCCGUGGCCCUCAUGAUCGGACUGGGCAUCUGGCUUACCGUUGCAGCCUUGAUUACUAUCCGCAUCAAGGACAUUGAAGAAGUCCGUGCGAGAUUGAGCGUGAAGCAGCUUGUUGCGGACCGCAUGGAGCCUGAGGCGGCACGGGCGCCUAUCAAGAGGCCCAGCGGUGGCCUGUUCAUCGACGGUAGCUCGACUCAUAUCGACUCUCCAAUAACUACACAGUCGAGUAGAACGGGCGCGACGACUACGACCCCAACGACCCACCGCAUACCUACCACCACACCCAAAACCUCCCCAAAGGCGACUAGUACGACCACACAUACAACAAGCACUAAGCCCGCAACUACCUCCAUCAAGCCCACGACCACUCGGACCAAGCCCACCACCAUUUCGACUAAACCUACCACAACCCCCACCACCCCAACUCCAAAGCCAUCUCAUACUGAUGAGAUAUUGACCAUUGGAACUCUCACUAUCACAGCAGACCCCACGGGCUUCCAAAUCGGUUCCACUACCCUCACGCCUGGCGGGUUCAUUACAGUUGGCACAGAAACAAUCUCUCUGGAAACAGGUGGUGGCGACGUGAUUAUCGGUGGAACUACAGUUCCCAUCACGACGGCGACGUCCACUCAGGAUUGGACCACUCUAUCCGACGAGUCGACCACUGGACUUUACGGGUUGAUUACCCUGCCGGGCCUCAAAACUCUGACAACACCCACAAUCAUCACUACGCAGUAUAUCGUGUCUAGCAUGAAAACUACAACGGGCCCAAUUUACGUUGGAACAGGUGGCAUUGCGCUCCAGUCAUGGCCUCCGUCUACGGACAAUGACCAUAGCGGCGGCGGCAUUAUCAUCCCAGAUCCCAUUAGGCCAUCCAUUUCGAACCCCAAGUUGAAAUGUCCUGCUAUCCUCAAGUGGCUCUGCGGGCCCGAGAACACCAGCUCCACAGAUAAUGGGUCAGAUGUUGACCCGGCCGAUAAGCCAAAUAGCGAUCCCGAGGACGAUCCGAAUAAGGAUGACAACCCAACAACAGGGCCUACCUCAACACAUUCCUCGACAACGUCGACAUCAACCACGUCAACCUCGACCUGCACCAAGACUCAGACUGUUACAGACUGUGAGGUCACAUGCAGCCCGACUGUUCUGAGUGGUAAAUCUACCACAACCAUCACCUGUUUCACUACUUCCUGCACGACGGCAGACGCAUGUUCCAGCACCGGUACUACCGCAACCACCAUCAUUACCUCUGAACCGUGUGGAACAGGAACAGCAGCCUCCGCCUGCCCCACAUUCACUGAUAGAACCGAGUGGGUCUACCCUCAUACCACGAUAGAUACCGGGGAGGUGGACAAGUUGGCGGCAUCGAUCAUGUCGGAGGAUGACUCCAUUCUGGCAGCGUUCUCGUCGGCAUUCUCGCAGACUGGGGCUAGUACGACCCCGAGCACACUUGCCACGACCACGAGUAGCGGUAUUGCGACGAGGACUACCAGCCAUACUGCUACUUCAACUCGCAUGACUAGUACCAAGGCCACCAAGACCAGCACUACCACCUCUGCUCUAACCUGCAUCAAUCAAUAUGACUCUCAAACGGACCAGGAUAGUUGCUACUGUGAAGGGCACUCUGGAGUCUACGCGAUCAUGAGUUCGACCUCCGGAAUGACCAACUAUCAGCCCUGCGCUUGGACAUACAUUGCCGCCGCUAUACACCGAUGCCAAUGUCGGCCCUAUCACCAGCACCAUAUCCGAUGGCGACGUUGUUUACUGCACAUCGGCCCAUUGGGCCGAGGAUGGGGGAAGCAGCAAGUACUGCCUUGGUACCAUGCCAACCAUCUCCACUGCGUCCCAUAUAACCACCUCAUCGACCUCAACGACUUCAUCCGGGGUCUCCCCAACCGGAACCGGAAGGCCGACGGGCGAGAUGUACAUCGGCAUCGUCGUCUCGAAUGGCUUCGAUUGGACCUGGGACGUCUAUAUUCCCACCGUGGGCACUAUCCCUAA